AUGUUGGGUUUUCUCGCCGUAUUCGUGUUGGCAAUGGCGGCUCCUGCCGUCGGCCAGCCAGGUUACCUAAGCAUCGACUGCGGCCUGGACGCCAACAGCAGCUACCAGGACGACAACAAGAUCAUCUACGUCGGCGACGAUGGUUACGUCGACGGCGGCGAGAACCACAAGGUAAGCCCGGCGUACCUGUCCAAGUUCCAGCGUCCGCACACGACGCUCAGAAGCUUUCCCACCGGCAAGCGGAACUGCUACACGCUCCCCACCACCAAAUUCUCCAAGUACCUGCUCCGGCUGGUGUUCGUCUACGGCGACUACGACGGCAAGAAGAGCUCGGCGGCGGCGGCGGCGCCGCAGUUCGACCUCUACCUCGGGCUCAGCCGCUGGGCCACCGUGCACGACACAGGCGGCGGCGGCGAGGUGCACGAGGCGAUGUUCGUGGCGUGGGCGAGCUGGGCGCCGGUGUGCCUCGUGAGCACCGGCGGCGGCACGCCGUUCGUGUCGUCGGUGGAGCUGAGGCCGCUCGCGGAUUCGAUGUACCCGGGCGUCAUGACCAACCAGUCCUUGGUCAUGUAUCGACGGUAUAACAUGGCGGCAAACGUUUUUAUACGGUAUCCAGAUGAUCUAUACGACCGGUACUGGUGGCCAAUGCAGCAAGGCGAUCCAACCUGGGCCAACCUCUCCACCACGUCCGCCAUCAGGACCGGAACGACGUUCGCGGUGCCGUCCAGCGUCCUCCAGACGGCCGUCGCCGCGGCGGCGCCGGCGCCGGCCGGCAACAGCAGCAGCAGCUCGGCCUCGGCUCUCUCCGUCAAGACAUGGCAAGACACGUCGGCGAGGAGCUACGCGGUGUUCCUCCACUUCGCCGACUUCCAGAGCAGCCGGCUCCGGCAGUUCGACGCCUACCCGGACGCCGGCCAGGUCGUCUACAACUUCACCCCGUCGUACCUGGCCGCCAGCACCGUCUACUCCCCCUUGUUCAGGGCCGCCGGCGGCGUGUACAACAUCACGCUUGCUGCCACCGCCAAGUCGGCGCUGCCCCCUAUGCUCAACGCCUUUGAGAUCUACUACCUCCUCACCUACGACGGCAUGGCCACCUUCUCCAAUGACUUUGAUGCAAUCAUGGCUAUAAAACUCGAGUAUGGCAUAAAGAAGAAUUGGAUGGGUGACCCAUGUUUACCACUCGAAUUUGCUUGGAGCGGUGUGACUUGUAGCAACAUAAGUGGUGGUAAUAACAUGAGGAUAAUAUCACUUGAUCUCUCCAACAGCAACUUGUCUGGGGUGAUAUCUAAUAAGUUCACACAGCUUACUGCACUCGAGAAAUUAAAUUUAUCAGGCAACCAACUCAACGGACCCAUUCCGGACUCACUAUGUAAAUAUAAUCAGUUCGUUUUCAGCUAUGGAUCUGAUGGAAAUACAUGCAACAAAAUAAUAAUUUCAAGAAACAGAACGGCUAUCAUAGCUGUUUCAGUAGUGGUUCCUGUGCUGGUAGUGAUUGUACUUGUUAUUGCAUAUUUCAUCUGGAGAGUGAGAAGAAAACCCAACAAUUCUUCUUAUGUUCCUCCUCCAGUACCGGAUACCAAGAUUUCUCCAGAAAUUCCAGCAGUUGAUGUUGAACCUCUGCCAAUAUCAGAGAGUCGGCAAUUCACAUAUGAGGAGCUGAAGAAGUUUACUAAUAACUUUUCACGGUUCAUUGGAAAAGGAGGCUUUGGGAGUGUCUACUACGGUUGUUUAGAGAACAGUACCGAGAUUGCUGUCAAAGUGCUGUCUGAAUUCUCAGCUAACGGGCUUGGUCAGUUUUUGGCUGAGGUUCAAAACUUGACAAAGGUGCAUCACAGAAAUCUAGUUUCUUUGGUUGGUUAUUGCUGGGAAAAGGAUCACUUAGCACUGGCUUAUGAGUACAUGGCUGGAGGCAAUCUUUGUGAUUAUCUGAAAGGUAGAAUUGGUGUCAACUGGGCAACCCGUGUGCGAAUUGUGCUUGAAGCUGCACAAGGCCUGGAGUAUCUGCACAAAGGGUGUAACCUGCCAAUAAUUCAUGGGGAUAUGAAGACCAAUAAUGUUCUCUUGGGUGAAAAUCUAAAAGCCAAAAUUGCAGACUUUGGGCUUUCUAGAACUUAUGUUAGCGAGACGCAGACUCACAUAUCAACCAUUAAUGCUGGUGGAACAAUAGGUUACAUCGAUCCCGAGUAUUAUCGUACUGGAAGAUUAACGGAGAGCAGUGAUGUUUAUAGCUUUGGUGUUGUUUUACUAGAGGUAGUCACCGGUGAGCCUCCAAUACUACCUGGCAGAGGUCACAUUACCAAGUGGGUGAAAGAGAGUGUUGCCUCUGGCAACAUUAACUUGGUUGCCGAUGCGCGGCUAAAAGAUUCUUAUGACAUUAGCUCCAUGUGGAAGGUGGUUGAUACUGCAAUGCAAUGCACAACACAAGUUGCUGCUCAAAGACCAACUAUGUCCACCGUAGUUCUACAUCUGAAGGAUAGUUUGGCGCUGGAGGAAGCCCACGAUGACAGGCAUGUCACGGCAAGCUCAGUGGGUGAUGCGAUCGAAUUGGUGUCAACAUUUGGUCCAUCGGCAAGGUGAAUGAAUUAAGAAGCUGUAUGCGUCAUGAACCAGGAUGUGGUAUUUCUUUGAUGGUUCUCUGCUGCAAGGAUACAAUCAUUCUAUUCAUUCUGGUAAAGUGUGUCAUUAUGCCAUGGCAUUUUUAUGGUUCAA